GCCGUGUACGUGCAGCGCUAGCUGCCUAUAUCUCGCCAGUUCGGUGAGCGUCGCGCGCGACAGCCGACGGGUACCUCAGUGCUGAAGCGUGAGAAGAACACAGUAUGGCAACGCGCUGGUUCUCCAAGAUGGCGUCGUUCGGAAGGAGGCGCGGUGUCCCAGUCAACAGGGAGAGGUCAGUUAAGACUAAAACGGGAGUGAUGGCGGCGGCGGGUGAAUGUUACAUCGUGCAGGAGAUCUACAACGGCGAGAAUGCGCAGGAGCAGUUUGAGUACGAGCUGGAGCAGGCACUGGAGGCACAAUAUCCCUACAUUGUCAUCGAGCCGACGCGCAUUGGCGACGAGACGGCGCGCUGGGUGGCUGUGGGGAACUGCCUGCACAAGACGGCCGUACUAGCGGGCGCCGCGUGUCUCUUUACACCGCUGGCACUGCCUGCUGAUUAUUCUCGCUACGUAGCUCUGCCUGCUGGCGCCCUCAGUCUGGCCUGCGCCGCUCUCUACGGCAUCUCAUGGCAGUUUGACCCGUGCUGCAAGUACCAGGUGGAGUACGACAGCCAGAAGCUCGCGUGUCUCCCGCUGCACACGCUCACCUCAUCCACGCCCGUGGUGCUGGUGCGCCGCGAUGACGUGCACAGAAAGAGACUGCACAACACGAUAGCACUCGCCGCCCUGGCCUACUGCGCCAAGAAGAUCUAUGAACUGUACGCCGUAUGAACGUACAAACACACACACACGUGUACUGAUACGUCAUCUCACACACAUGUACACACGUACACACAUAUACACACACACACUCGCAGGGAGGGAGGUGAGAAGCACUACUAAAUACAAACAGCAGACACAAAUGUGACAGAAAGCCAACCGGCAGAUGGAUGCAGGGACGGAGAGAGCGAUCACCCAGAACGGGAAGAACCUAGCAGCGCUCUCUUCACUCUUUUUCCAUCUGUGCGCUUCAACAGAGGAACAAAGGAACAGAAUACCGGGCGGGAUGGGAGGAUGAAUGGAUGAGAAGACUGUGCAACUGGGGGGGGGGUUAUGGUUUAUUGGAGAAGUAAGGUUCUCUUCCCCUCUUUUUCUGCACUGUUAAGUGACAUCAGCAAUGCGUUUGACAACCCCCUCCCCCCACCUUUUCUCUCCUAGUCCCUCUCUGAGCUCCUGCACCUGCGCAGCGAUUGUCAGAUCGCGACCACGUGGUGGACAGGCGAGCACACGGACAUGUUUUAAGUAUUACUUUGAAGACCUCUCUCUCCCCUCCCCCUGUGUAGUUUUACUGUACCCUGCCUCGGUGCAUCACCUUUUCAUUAAACAGUAGGAGAUUUAACCUCA